UGUUCAUUGCCUUUCAUAUCCUUUCAUACUCUUUUCGUGCCCUUUCGUGCACGCGGCAUGUCCCAUGACGAUGCGAUUCCCAUCGGCGAAGGUUGGGCGCGGCACAACGGGGAGCUUCUCGUCCACCCGCCCUCACAAGUGUACUUUGCACAGCGGGGCGAUCAACGAGGGAAGUACCUCUUGAAAAGCACUGAUGGUGGUUGGAGUGUAUGUCCCGCACCCCAUGUGGGCACUGAUUGUCCCAUUGAGGUUCGUGCUGCAGCAUCUUCUGUGCUGAGACCCGGGGUGGGUGCAGAGCGAAAAUUGGAUCGCUCAGUGGUAUUAGCUGAUAUGCCCAAAACCGCCCGUUUGGCGUUGAAGUUUCCAUUGGGCUUCUUGGAUUCUCCAGCCAGUUGCUAUGCACUGUUCACCGGUCUCCGUGGAAAUGCUGCAGCUGCACAUUGGUGUGCCUCGCAGUUUCAUCAGCGACUCUUGAAGGAGGUGGCUAAGAAGAUCCAUGGUUGGUGGGACUCGGAAGCUGAGAUGCCAGAAGAGUUGUUCUUCCGAGGAUCUCAUGUAGGUUCUUUGGUGAAAGUUCUUCGAGGAUUGUUGGAAAACUUGGACCAAGACUUAACCAAUGGCCCCCACGGCCUCGGUGGCUGUGAUGCGGUUGUAGCGGUUCUGAUUGGUGAAGACUUGGCAGCAGCGGCCGUUGGACAUGCGUCUGCCACAUUGCUUUUUCAGGGAGCGGAUGCAGUGCCACUGGUGCCCUUGCUGGGACAGGAAGAAGAGGAUGAGAACUCCUUGGCAUCAGCAUCACCUGUAGCACCUGUUGCCCUUUCUCAGCUGCCCCUUGGUCAUGCAUCUGAUGUUGGAGCGCUGGUUGACAGCAGCGGGCUUCGACGGGCCAAAUCAGCCUGGGAUGCAAGUGAGGCUGAUGAGGAAGAUGUGCGAAGGAUCCUGCGGGCACCUGAUGCAUUUUCUGUCUUGGGCAUGGCCGAAAAGGGCCCCGAAGGACCAGCAGAAGCGAAGACCGCAUACAAGCGGCUGGCACUUCGGGUCCAUCCGGACAAGGUCGGCAGGACUUGUGAUCCAGUGGAUGCCAAGGCGGCCUUUGCUCGCUUGGACUCUGCUUCCAAAGUGGUGGAGGCGCUGGCUGAGCAGAAUGCAGAGGUGUGUCGUGAGCUUCACCGGAUUCUGCGAUGUGACCCUUUCACAGUGAAAGGUGCUUCCCAGCUGCUACAAGUGGAGCAAGAGGCGGAAGCGUCCCAGGUGAAGAAGGCGCUUGAAGACCUAAAGCAGAAACUGGCCAAGGCUCAGCUGCAAGAGGCGUUGUCAGAGAUUCAGAAGGGAGUUGAUGCAUGCUCAAGAGCUGCGGAGACCCUUCAGAUUCUUCGACAAGCAGGUGCUAGCAGCUCGGAGAAGCUCUUGGCAGAAGGGGUUCCCAUUCCUUCACUCUCGGCUUUAGGACUUCGGGAUUUGAGAGGUCUUGGUGGUCGCUUGCAGGUGCGCACGGCUGCCUACCGCGCGGGCGAAGAAGUCCGAGUGGCAUUGUGCAGUGGUGCUACAGCCGAAUUGCCCAUGAAAGACCUGGAAGAGGCCGCGAAUGUCUUCCUGUGGCAACCCAAGGUGGCUGCCAUGCAAUGGGCCACCAAAGCCUUGGCAUUGCGACAGGAUCCUUCGGCUGCCAGCAUUUGCUUGUGCAUUCGGGAGAGGGAGGAGGAUGAGGAGGAAGAUCGCCCGGCCAAGAGACAGCGAGGUCCCAAAGGUCCUCGAUCAGUUCGCUUACGUCACUUGUUGCUGCGAUGUGCUGAGGCAGGCAAGCCAUUGCCCGAGGAUCCAAUGGCUCGAAGAAGAAAGGCACAAGCACAAUGCAGAACUCCUGUAGAAGCUGAAACUGAGCUUGCUGCACUAUUGGUGGAUUUACUCUCCGCUGACGGCAAUGGUGACCUGGAGGCCUAUCGGAAUGCCACCUUUCGGCGGCUUUGUCAGGAGCGCUCGGAAUGCUCAUCCGCAGACAGCGCUGGGCAGCUUUGUGGAGACUUGGGCUGGGUGUCCAGGGGUCAGAGCGAGCCGGCCUUUGAACAAGCAGCCUUCUCCCUGAGGAAGGGCGAACUCAGUGAUGUGGUGACAUCCUCCAGGGGCGUUCACCUCAUUCAGCGGAUCGCGUAAAAGAGGAGCAACCUCAAGAGCUU